CAGGCAGCAGCUGGUCUGCAGGUCUUUGUAGAUUUGAAGCAGAUCUUUGAAAAUGGUCUGGAUCAACUCAGCAAGAACAUUGAAAUUAGCCAAACCAAAGUGGAGCAGCUAACUCAAAAUUUUAUUGCAGAGCUUGGACUGGAAGUGAAAGUGUUGAUGCAGAGUAGCGCUAAUGUGUACCAGCUCUUACUAUCCAAUGAUCAUGUUCAUGUUCUGCAGACUUUCUCUUCUGUCAAUAGAGUUCCAGCUGUGAAGGACUGGUCUGCUGUCAGUGUCCCAUUGCCUUUGUAUGAGAAGAUGGUGAGAAAAGCUGUAGUAAAAACUGUGGGUCAGUUGCAGACUUUGUUUAGAAAACCUAAGAUGAAACCCCAUGAAGCAGAGCUACAGAAGAGGCAGAGUUGCAGCAGUACCAGUAGGACCUCCACCCUCACUUCCAAUGAACAUUUUUUUAGCCUUGGCAAAUUGGAAAGAAACAUCAUCAGCAGAAGUAGUCAGAUUCAGCAUCAGGCUACCAGAGUUGUAGACAUUUUGUGUGACGAAUGCACCGAGCAGAAACUGAAAGCAGUUAAGUCUUGCUUGGUGUGUCUAACGUCCUACUGUGAAAUGCACCUAAAGCCUCACCUGACGGCUGCUGGACUAAAGAGACAUCAGUUGUUAGACCCUGUGGAGAACCUGAAGGCCAGGAUAUGCUCUGAACACAACAAACCCUUUGAGUUGUUCUGCAGAACAGACAACAAAACUGUCUGCAUGUUCUGCAUCCUUUUCAAUCAUAAAGAGCACAACUAUGUUCCUCUGAGCCAAGAGUUUGAACUAAAGAGAUCUGAGCUGAGAGGAACUGAAGGAGUAUUGAAGCAGAUGAUUCAAGACAGACGUGCAAAACUACUGGAUCUCAGGCACACAUCGAAACUGAAUAAAGAGGCUGCUGAGAGGCAGGCAGCAGAUGCUCUUCAGGUCAUCGAAGAUUUGAAAAAGAUCCUUGAUCAGGGUCUGGAUGAACUCUGCAAGAAAAUUGAAAUGAGCAAAACCGAAAAAGAGGAGCUAACUCAAGGGCUUAUUGCUGAACUUGAAAAGGAAAUACGAGUGUUGAUGCAGAGUAGCUCUGAUGUGCAACAGCUGUCAAUUUCUGAAGAUGAUAUUCAUGUUCUGCAGACUUUCUUUUCCGUCAACAUAAUUCCAACCAUGAAGAACUGGUCUGCAGUCAGUGUCCAACUGCCUUCCUAUGAGGUGAUGGUGAAAAAAGCUGUAGAGUCGGCUGAAAAAAAGAUACAGACUACCUUUGGAAAAGCAAAGAAUAACCUUCUGGAAGCAGAGAUACAGAGAGCGCAGGGGUUUAAGGUGAAUUUAACUCUGGAUCCUCAAACAGCAGAUCCUUGGCUAAUCUUAUCUAAAGACUGCAAACAAGUCCGUCUAGGUGAUAUUAAGAAAUCUCUUCCAGGUGGGCCGAAGAGGUUCAAUCCAGGAGGAGGAAUCGUGGCAAAAGAGAGUUUCUGUUCAGGAAGAUUCUUCUUUGAAGUCCAGGUGACUGGGAUGGUGAGAUAUGAUCUGGGAGUUGUUAAUGAGUCGAUCAACAGGAUGAAUAAAAUCACAAAGAGCCAGGAGAUUGGCCAUUGGUUACUAAGUCUAAGGAGGGGAAGUGAGUACAAGGCUCGGGCAAGCCAUGAUAUUCCUCUAUGUGUUACCCCGAGCCCUCAGAGAAUUGGGCUGUUUGUGGACUAUGAUGAAGGCUUAGUCUGUUUUUAUGGUCUUGAUAGUAAAGAUCUCAUCUACUCUUUCAAUGGCUGCAGAUUCACUGAGAGACUUUAUCCAUUCUUUAAUCCGGGUAAAGGUUCCAGUAGCUCUGCCUCUCUUAAGAUCUCUUGAGAGACUUAACAGAAAAAAGGAUUUUUACUCUUUAGAUCAAGGCAUCUCAAAACACAUUAGCCUUCAACCACGGACCUCCUUUGCAAACCCACAGACAACUCAAAAUGUGCAAAGAAAACAUGAACUUUUUAAAAUUAUUUUGUUAAGUAUUU